UUCUCAACUGAUCCUUUAGCCCAUUUCGAUCUACGCAAGCUCUUACGUUUUUAGUCCCUGUUUCUUGCUACGCAAGGCAGCAACACGAAGCAAGACGACGCUUCUCCAUUGUUGCCAGCGACUCUCCUUCAUAUCUGAGUCUUCGCCGGCCGGCGCUCGGCUCUCAAGUUCCCCUUCGAGCUCCUCGAGCUCGGCUAGGUUUUGCUGCAUCACUUUUCUUCUUGGCUAGAGAAACAUGGCUGAUAGAUUGACUAGGAUCGCCAUUGUCAAUUCCGAUCGCUGCAAACCGAAUAAAUGCCGCCAGGAUUGCAGGAAGAGCUGUCCUGUCGUGAAAACAGGGAAACUUUGCAUAGAGGUCACGUCUACCUCAAAAAUUGCUUUCAUUUCUGAAGAACUAUGCAUUGGGUGUGGCAUCUGUGUUAAGAAAUGCCCUUUUGAGGCCAUUCAAAUUAUUAAUCUACCGAAGGAUCUUGAUAAAGAUACAACGCAUCGUUAUGGGCCAAACACAUUCAAGUUGCAUAGGCUGCCGGUGCCAAGACGGGGACAAGUUUUGGGUCUUGUUGGAACAAAUGGUAUUGGAAAGUCUACUGCCCUGAAAAUAUUAGCUGGAAAGUUGAAGCCUAAUUUGGGUCAAUUUGAUAAUCCUCCAGAUUGGCACAAAAUCAUAACUUAUUUUCGUGGAUCUGAGCUUCAGAAUUAUUUUACUCGUCUUUUGGAAGAUAAUUUAAAGGCAAUCAUUAAACCACAAUAUGUCGAUCACAUUCCCAAAGCUGUGCAAGGCAAUGUUGGACAGGUGCUGGACCAGAGAGAUGAAAGGAAGAUGAAAUCUGAGUUAUGUAAUGAUCUGGACUUGAGUCAAGUUAUAGACCGCAAUAUCAGAGAUCUAUCUGGUGGAGAGUUGCAAAGGUUUGCCAUUGCUGUGGUUGCUGUGCAGAAUGCAGAUAUAUAUAUGUUUGACGAGCCUUCAAGCUACCUUGAUGUGAAACAGAGGCUCAAAGCUGCUCGAGCUAUUCGAUCUUUGCUCAGAUCAAACAGCUAUGUGAUUGUUGUGGAGCAUGAUCUCAGUGUCUUGGAUUAUUUAUCUGAUUUCAUUUGUUGCUUAUAUGGGAAGCCAGGAGGAUAUGGAGUUGUAACUCUACCAUCUUCUGUUCGUGAAGGAAUCAAUAUUUUCUUGGCUGGUUUUAUUCCUACUGAGAAUCUCCGGUUUAGGGAUGAAUCACUCACAUUUAAGGUUGCAGAGACUUCUAAGGAGAGUGCUGAGGAGAUUAAAACAUACCAACGUUAUAGGUAUCCCACCAUGUAUAAAACACAGGGAGGUUUUAAACUUUGCGUUAUGGAGGGUGAAUUUACCGACUCACAAAUUAUAGUAAUGCUGGGUGAGAAUGGCACAGGCAAGACUACAUUCAUUCGCAUGCUGGCUGGAUUCCUAAAGCCUGAUUCUACUGAAGGUUCAGAUAUUGACAUUCCUGAAUUUAGUGUCUCAUAUAAACCUCAAAAAAUCAGUCCCAAGUUUCGAUCUUCAGUGAGGCUAUUGCUGCAUCAAAAAAUUCAGAACUCAUAUGCACAUCCUCAGUUUGUAUCUGAUGUUAUGAAGCCAUUACAAAUUGAGCAACUGAUGGAUCAACAAGUUGUUAAUCUAUCUGGGGGAGAAUUGCAAAGAGUUGCACUGUGUCUAUGCCUCGGAAAGCCUGCUGACUUAUAUCUGAUAGAUGAACCAAGUGCUUAUCUUGAUUGCGAGCAACGGAUUGUCACAUCAAAGGUGAUAAAGAGGUUUAUUCUGCAUGCAAAGAAAACGGCCUUUGUUGUUGAGCAUGAUUUCAUUAUGGCGACCUAUCUUGCUGACAAGGUCAUUGUUUAUGCGGGAAAACCUUCCGCGGAAUGUACAGCCAGUGCUCCGCAGUCAUUGGUAUCUGGGAUGAAUCUCUUCUUAUCUCAUCUUGAUAUUACUUUCAGAAGAGAUCCAACUAAUUACAGGCCUCGCAUAAACAAGUUGGAUUCUACUAAAGAUAGGGAGCAAAAAGCUGCAGGAUCAUAUUACUACCUAGAUGAUUGACAGGCCUACAUAUGAAAAGGUCUCCUUGUUACAAAACCAAGGGGUGCUCUUGCCUUCAGUGCAGAAAGCUGCUGAAAUCUGGUUGUUUAUUCGAAUUUAAUGAAGACCACAGCAUGCAGUGAUCUGUUUCCUGGAGCAGAGAUUCUGGAUGGACAUGCUUCUUUCUGCUGGCCUAGACCACUCAAUUCCUGCGCAUUAACAUAUCGGACACUAAUGUUUCAAUUUUUACAUAUAUGUCAUUUUGCCAAUGCAUGAAAAUUUGUAUUUCGCUUUUUAAGUGUUAAGGAUAGUGGUGUUUUUGAUGUGAUGUUGAAGAUUUGGGUUGUAUAAAUGUAAAAAAAAAAGUAAUGUUUAUGUAUUCGUGGGAUGUAUGUAUGCCUCUUGAAAGUGAGAUCUUCACGAACUCAAAUUUGGGUGUUUUUUCUUUAUAUCCUAUUGAUAUAUGUAUGCCUCUUGAAAGUGGAUAUUUGGGUGUUUUUUU